AUGUUUAAAACUACGAGAUCUGCGGGGGCGCUGGUAUUGAGAGCCAAACCCGCCCACCACUCUCUCCUCCCCACCCGCCUUCUCCAAGCGGGCAUCUCGUCCAGCGCGCCAAAGACGGCAAAAACUCAGGUGCAGGCGCUGGAUACGGGUCGUUUGGAUAAUAGGGCAGAGGUGAAGUUGAGUGUUACGGGGAAGGAGAGGAGGGAGGUUUUGUUGCCGAGUCAGGAGGGGAAGAAGGGUGUUAUGCAGUAUGCUUUAACUACACUCGAUCAAAUUGCCAACUGGGCACGUCAAGGAUCCCUUUGGCCUAUGACCUUCGGUCUCGCUUGUUGCGCCGUCGAAAUGAUGCAUCUUUCCACCCCAAGAUACGAUCAAGAUCGUCUUGGUAUAAUUUUCCGUGCAUCACCUCGUCAAUCUGAUGUUAUGAUUGUAGCCGGUACUCUCACCAAUAAGAUGGCUCCUGCUCUUCGACAAGUUUAUGAUCAAAUGCCUGAUCCAAGAUGGGUUGUUAGUAUGGGAUCUUGUGCAAAUGGUGGUGGCUAUUAUCAUUAUAGCUAUAGUGUCACUAGAGGUUGUGAUCGAAUUGUUCCGGUCGAUAUUUAUGUGCCUGGUUGUCCGCCAACGAGUGAGGCACUUAUGUAUGGUAUCUUUCAAUUGCAGAAGAAGAUGAGACAUACAAAGAUUACGAGAAUGUGGUAUAGGAAGUAG